UCAAGAGUAACAGUAGGAUCUGGAGCUUAGUUCUGGGACGGAUGUAGGGGCUCAAGGGGCUUCACCCAGCCGUCCUCGCUCUAACACGCCCAGCUUCCCAGUGUUGAAUCCGGGCGGGUCGGUCGCGUCGCGCGCGUGGCGUCAUCGCGAGGCGCCGCGCGCGUCCAGAGGGAGCCGUGACCUCCCAAACGUGGGGACCAAUGCUGCAGUUAUUCCGGGCCGGAGCGGGGGCCUGGCUUCGGUCCUCGGGCUGCAAGGCCCUGAGUUCGCUGGCGGAAGAAGUAGUCCUGCCGAUGAAGAAGUCGGAGCCGGAGCCGCAGGCGAGCCCAGUUGUCCAAGAGCCUGUGCUGCGCCGAUGCGAACUCCCGGUCCCCGCGCACCGGCGCCCGGUGCAGGCCUGGGUCGAGUCCCUGCGGGGUUACGAGCAGGAGCGUGUGGGCCUGGCUGAACUGCACCCCGAUGUCUUCGCCACGGCGCCCCGGGUGGAUGUCCUGCACCAGGUGGCCAUCUGGCAGAGGAACUUCAAGAGAAUUAGCUAUGCCAAGACGAAGACAAGGGCCGAGGUGCGGGGCGGCGGCCGGAAGCCCUGGCAGCAGAAGGGCACUGGGCGUGCGAGGCACGGGAGCAUCCGGUCCCCGAUCUGGCGCGGUGGCGGCGUGGCGCAUGGCCCUCGGGGCCCCAAGAGCUACUACUAUAUGCUGCCCAUGAAGGUGCGAGUGCUAGGCCUCAAGGUGGCGCUGACAGUGAAGCUGGCGCAGGAUGACCUGCAUGUCGUGGACUCCCUGGAGCUGCCCACUGCAGAUCCCCAGUACCUGAUGGAGCUGGCCCGCCACCGCCACUGGGGCGACUCUGUGUUGCUCGUGGACCUGACACACGAGGAGAUGCCGCAGAAUGUCGUGGAGGCCACCAGCAGGCUCAAGACCUUCAACCUGAUCCCAGCUGUCGGCCUGAACGUGCACAGCAUGCUCAAGCACCACACGCUGGUCCUCACCCUGCCCACCGUCACCUUCCUGGAGGAGAAGCUGCUCUGGCAGGACUCACGCUUCUCACCCCUCUACCCCUUCCACCUGCCUUACCAAGACUUCCCCUGACGGGCACCACCUCGCUGCAGGGAGCGGCCACGAAGACUUCAGCCCUGGAGGGACAGCUCUGCAGAGAGCUAGGACAAGAUCCUGCCCUGGCUCUCCCUGGUUGUGUUUAAAAUAAAGUUUAUUUUAUUUUAAUUA